AUGGAGAGUGUUGCCGGAAGAAUGCGUCAUACCUCGGAUGAGUUUGGCGGUGGGGUGUAUAUAUCGGGGGCACAGGGGGAUAGAGCGGUGGAGGAUAGGAGGGAGGGUUAUGCCGGGGAGGAGGAGGAGGAGGAAGGUGAAUCGGAGGAGGACAGUGAAUCCGAGAAGGAGGAGGAGGAGGAGGAGGAGGAGAGCGAACCAGAGGAAUCCGAGUCCGAAGACUACACCAGCGGCCGAGGGUGUCACGACGUCGGUAUGUCCGCCAACGGCAACUCUGGGGGCGCGCAAUACAACGGCGACGAGCGGGAGCAUAAUGAGCCCGGGCGAUACGGGUAUGGGGAGGGGGAGCAGCCCACCAACGGCGACUGGAUGCUCUGGCCCUGCGGCAUCUGCAACAUCACCGUCAACAUCUUUGCGCGCGACGACCACAUCGCCUCCCGCCCUCACAUCCGAGCGGCCAGGAAGAAGCAGGCCGGCCAGGAGGCGGCACCGCUAUCGCCCGAGGAGACGUAUGUGCCCGUGUGGCGGUGCGCGCUGUGCGAUGAGGAGAUGUCGGUCUUCCUCCGCGAGGAGCAUGUGCUCGGGAGGCAGCAUCUCCGCCUGCUCCGGAAGCAGCAGAGUGAGGAUGGAGCUCAUCCAGGCGCCUCGGACGCGCCUCCCACGCCCGGGCAGCAGGAGGAGGACGGUGGGGGGGUGUAUGUAUACGAUGGAGCUGUAGAGGCGGGUAUAGCGGGUAUAACCUUCGACGACGAUCCGGACAUAUGCAUAUCCCCGCCAGCCUUCGCCUCCUACGAAUACAAGCUGCGCGAAACGUUCUACUGCAUCACCUGCGCCGCGGAGUUCGAUCUCUCCCUGGAAGAAGAUCAUCUCGCGGACCUCGAAACCUGGGACUGCACGCUGUGCGCAAAGACCAUGCACCCCGCGGCAAAGGAGAUGCAUCUGCAGAGCGCACGGCACGCGGUCAUGACGAGCAUCUACGAGUCCCAGCCCGACGACUUCCACUGCCAGGCCUGCCAGAGGAGCUAUGCGCCGGUCGAGAGGGAGGGCCAUCUCGCGGGGAUGGAGCACCAGCAGGUGGUCGCCCGCAUCGAGCUGGAGCAGCGGUACAUGAAGCGCCUUCAGGAGCUCAAGACUGCGCCGAACCCCCCAGGCUCACGGUCACUCCCGCCUGCACUGCCACACAUGACCGACAAGGGGAAGGAGGGUCCGGCAGUACCGAUGAUGGACAGGACGAAGGUGGAGGAGUGGGGCGAUCCAUCGGCGUGCGAUCUAUGUGACGAGCCCCUCCUGGGCAUGCAACUCCUCACCCACCGCGCAUGGCACUGCCCGCUCACUGGCCCCGGCCUUGACCCCCCUAAGGCACCUGAGGGCCCCCCCUCCAAGGCACCAGAGAGCACCAAGAACCACUUCUUCUUCUGCGACGUUUGCGGCAAGAGCGUGGUCAACAAAGACGAGCACCUACAGGGCAAGAAACACCUAAAGAAGGCCGGCAAGAAGGGCAAACGCAAGGCGAAGGCCAAGUCGGGAGUUUCUAGAGAACCACCAAAGACCCGUAGCGAGAGGAGAAGGGAGAAGAGAGAGGCGCUGCUGGAUAGGGAGUACUGCGAGGUGUGUAAUAAGAGCGUGGCGGCAAUGCCGGCCCAUGUGAAGACUAAGAAGCAUAGGAGGAACGAGGCGGCGAAGGUGUUGGCCGCGAGAGAUCAGGGCGCUGGCCCGCCGAGUACGCAGGUGGCGCAGACACAACCGGGGCCGCCGGUCUCCCCACAGCAGGUGCCGUCAGCUCGCCCGCCGCGGGCGAUCCCGCCUGAGCUGUUCCCGCCUCAGCUUCCACCGCCGGUCCCGCCUCAGCUGUACCCGCCUCUGCCAGCACCUCAGCCUCAGCCCGCACCGGCGGUCCUUCCUCAACCGCCGCCGCAGGUCCAGCAUCAGCCGGGCCGGCGGCCGGUUUUGCGUCAGCUGGUGCGGGUGCCUCAGGUGGCCUCGUGGCCCUUGCCUCCGCAGGCGCCGCGGGUCACUCCCCACCCGGUGCCUCAGCCGGUGCCUCAGCCGGUGCCGCAACCCCAGGCCAUCGCUCCGGCAUUCGCAGACUCGCCAUACGUGACAAUCAUGGGGGAUAAGUUCCAUUGUAAGGUCUGUAAGCGGGACAGGCAGCUUUUGGGGAUAGCGUCGCACAUGACGAGUAAAAGUCACAAGAAGAAGGUGGCUGCGGUAGGGUGGUAG